GCGAGAGCAUCGAAAAGACAAGACCAAAGGGAAGAAGGGACGGUUAUGUCAGCUCUGGAUAGUGGAGGCAUCAUUACCCAGCUGCACGAAGGAGCACAGACUGUCACCGACGCUGCAUCACUUGGAGCUGAUCCAGGAUGCAGACCUGCCUUGCUCUGCUGCUGGGGGUCGUGGCCUCUGCUGCCUCAGAAUGGAGGCGUCCGGUCAUCAAAUUAAACUCUGAAGUGCUGAUGAGCCCUGAAGUGGUUGUCCAGGCUGGUUCUCCUCUGAAUCUGAUGUGUGAAGGAGAUGGUCCUGUUAACUGGCAAACCAGGCUCGCCAAACACAGACGCUACGUGAGCAGAGCCAACGGAACCAUCCGGACCAUCAAGGUGGAUCAUCUUUCUGCAGAAUUCACAGGAACGUACAAGUGCUAUUACAACAGAGAGUACCACCAUGACCUGACCUCCUCUGUACACGUCUAUGUGAAAGAUCCCAAACACCUGUUCUGGACAAGCAGCACAUCCCUGCGUGUGGUGAGGAAAGAAGGUGAGAACUUCCUGUUGCCAUGUCUGCUGACCGACCCGGCGGCCACAGACCUGAGCCUGCGCAUGGACAACGGCACCACCGUACCCCCUGGAAUGAACUUCACCGCUUACCGGCGCAGAGGCAUUCUUAUCCGUGACCUUCAACCCCGUUUCAACGCUGACUAUGUGUGCACAGCCAAGCUCAGCGGAGUAGAGCGGAUCUCCAAGGCCUUCUCCAUCAAUGUCAUUCAGAAGCUUCGUUUCCCUCCAUAUGUCUUUUUGGAGACCGAUGAAUAUGUACGCAUUGUCGGAGAGGAACUCAAGAUUCGCUGCACCACACACAAUCCCAACUUCAACUACAAUGUCACCUGGAAAUACACAACCAAAUCGAAACCAACUAUAGAGGAGAACGUUCGCUCCAGCGGAGUGAAUCGUCUGGACAUACAGAGCAUACUGACCAUCUCUGCUGUUGACCUUGCAGACGCAGGGAAUAUUUCCUGCAUUGGCACGAAUGAAGCAGGAGUCAACAGUUCGACGACAUAUCUGCUGGUUGUUGACAAGCCUUACAUUCGACUGCUGCCACAGCUUUCGCCAAAACUGGCCCACAAGGGUCUUUCUGUCGAGGUGAAUGAAGGAGAAGAUCUGGAGCUCAGUGUAAUUGUGGAAGCCUACCCCCAGAUUACAGAGCAGAGAUGGGACACACCAACAUCGCCUAACACAUCUACACAAGAACAUAGGUUUAUUCAAUACAACAACAGAUAUUAUGCUACCCUUCUGUUGAAGAGAAUGAAUGCCCAGGAACAGGGCCAGUAUACCUUCUAUGCCAGGAGUGGCAUGGCAAAUGCAUCCAUCACAUUCCAAGUCCAAAUGUAUCAGAGACCUGUUGCUGUGGUGAGAUGGGAAAACAUAACCACUCUCACCUGCACAUCGUUUGGUUACCCAGCCCCUAGAAUCAUCUGGUACCAAUGCUUUGGGAUAAGAACCACGUGUAAUGAAAACACCACUGGAAAGCAGACGCCAACCCCCCUCAAGGCUCCUACAGUCGAGGUCCAGAGGGAAGAAUACGGUGCUGUGGAGGUGGAGAGUGUUCUCACUGUGGGGCCAUCCAACAGGAGGAUGACAGUGGAGUGUGUGGCCUUUAACCUUGUCGGUGUCAGCAGUGACACGUUUGCCAUGGAUGUUUCUGAUAAGUUGUUCACGUCUACACUGUGUGGAGCAGCAGGAUUUCUGGCCAUCCUUCUCAUGCUGUUAGGUUUUCUGCUUUACAAAUACAAACAGAAACCACGGUAUGAGAUCCGUUGGAAGAUCAUUGAGACAAGAGAUGGAAACAAUUACACCUUCAUUGACCCCACACGACUGCCUUACAAUGAGAAAUGGGAGUUCCCAAGAGAUAAACUCAGACUGGGAAAAAUUCUGGGUGCUGGGGCCUUUGGAAAGGUCGUGGAGGCCACAGCCUACGGUCUGGGAAAGGAAGACAACGUGAUGCGUGUUGCUGUAAAAAUGCUGAAAGCCAGCGCACACUCAGACGAGAGGGAAGCUCUGAUAUCCGAACUGAAGAUUCUGAGCCACCUGGGACACCAUAAGAACAUAGUCAAUCUACUAGGAGCCUGUACCUACGGAGGACCAGUGCUUGUGAUCACAGAAUUCUGCAGCCUCGGCGACCUUCUCAACUUCCUUCGCCAGAAGGCAGAGAUGUUUAUGAAUUUUGUUAUAAGCAUUCCAAACACUGAGGACAGGGAAAAUGAUUACAAGAACAUCUGCAACCAGAAAAGGUUCAUCAGAAGUGACAGUGGAAUCUCGAGUGCAGACUCCAGCAGUUACUUGGAGAUGAGGCCAACCCAGCAGACAAAUAUAGAAUCAUCUCCAGGUUUGUCUAACUCUAUUUUACCUGAUUCAUGCCAAGACCUGUUGUGCGAGGAGAGCAGCAAUUGGCCGCUAGAAAUUGAUGAUUUGCUGAGAUUCUCUCACCAGGUGGCUCAGGGCCUCGACUUUCUGGCUGCCAAAAAUUGCAUUCACAGAGAUGUGGCUGCCAGGAAUGUCCUGCUGACCAACCUCAGAGAGGCCAAGAUUUGUGACUUUGGACUGGCACGUGACAUCAUGAAUGAUUCCAACUAUGUGGUGAAGGGCAAUGCCCGUCUGCCGGUGAAGUGGAUGGCUCCAGAGAGCAUUUUUGACUGUGUGUACACAGUCCAGAGCGACGUCUGGUCCUACGGCAUCCUCCUGUGGGAGAUCUUCUCUCUGGGCAAGAGCCCCUAUCCUAGCAUGGCUGUGGACUCCAGUUUCUACAAGAUGGUGAAGCGGGGUUAUCAGAUGUCCCAGCCAGAUUUUGCCCCACCUGAGAUUUACUCAAUCAUGAGGAUGUGCUGGAAUCUGGAGCCCACUGAGCGUCCAACAUUCAGCAAGAUUAAUCAGAUGAUACAAAGUUUACUUGGUGACCAAGCUGACCAGGAACAGCUAAUGUACCAGAACCUGGAGCAUCAACUCACAAGCGAUGACAUGUGUGACGCACCUAAGUGCUGUGACAACAUUCCCUGUGAUCAGACUCGCAACGGUGAGGAAGAGGAACAGCCUCUGAUGAAAACCAACAACUAUCAGUUUUGCUGAAAGCCUUAAAGCUACUAAACCGAGCAUCAGGAAACACGGAUGGGCUGCAGUUUAUCGAUAAAGUGACACGAUUUGUCUCCCGCUGGACAUGUGCAGAGUCCGAGUCAUCUUCAAAGCAUUUUUUUUUUUUUUUGGUGCCUCACAAGCAGCUGCAGUGAGCAUGUGAAUUGUUUCGUUGCAGACAAGAUGUGACUGUGUUUAAUUUAAGGCUGACGCAGAUGAGACAGGAGGAAACAAUCACAACAUCAAAUGCUGUAUCUUAACUCAUGCUGUUUAUCACUCCUUCUAAUGUAUAUUUAGGGUAUCUCUAUAUUCACAGGAUUUGUUUUUUUUUUUUUGUCUGUCCUUUCUUCUGAGCAUUCGUGGUUGUAGGCACUAGUUAAGAUGUUUAUUGAAAAUGACAUGUUGCAUUGUCCUGAGUCUUCUUUGGGAGUAGGAUGGUUUUCAUUGUCUGAAUGCAUUCAUGGUUUCAUACAGAAGGCAACACAGCAGCUGCAAACACCA